UAGUAUACUAUGUGUAAGACGUAGACAUCACUCAAUUUUAAUGAAUAUAAAUAUAUAUGGAAUAAAUAAAAAAAUUUCAGAAGCAGGAUUACAAUCGAGAGUUAAAUAACGAGUUGACUAUUUAUCGCAGAAGAUGUAUGUUGCAGAAAGAAUUGUUGGACACACAAAUUGCUAAAGAAGAAGACUCUGUGGAAACCCUCAAAACCCAAAUUAAUAAACUCUUAGAAAAUGAUUUUCAAUGUGCUAUUUGUAAUGAAGUGGUCUUUCGGCCAAGUAUAGCUAAUUGUGCUCACACUUUCUGCGAAGGCUGUCUCAAAUCAUGGUUGUCUAGAAGCAAUCAUUGUCCCACCUGCCGAAGCGUUGUAAAUUCUACAACUUACUCUUUUUCUUUGGAUAAUUAUAUCACAAACCUAUGUGACCUUCUGGGUGGAACAAUAAAAGAACAACGUCUUACUCUACAAAGUGAAAGGAAUGGGCAUCCACCUCAAGUGGCUAAAAGAGGUAGACGAAAGGCGGCAAAUCAAUCAACCCGCGGUAGAAGAGAGCCACCGACAUAUGAAUUAAUUGAUGACAACCCUACCAGAAAUAAUUCUAGAUUUACUAACGGGUCACAUAACAUUAUUGACAUUGUAGAUCUUACAAAUAACACGUCUCGAUAAUGUUAAUUAUUUCAUGUAACAUUUUGAGUAUACUGAAAUGAUUAUUUUAUGUCUUAUUUUCAACUUAAAAUCACUAAUUUCAUAAGUUAAUGAAAUCUUAGUGCAUUCAUUUAUAA